GCCGUCUGUUCCUGCUGAGAUCCGACAUCGAUGAGUCCACACCAUGAAGCUCCAGUGUGAGGUUGAAGUAGUGAAUCGGAUGCUUCCUACCUACGGUCUGAAAAACAGAGGAAAGGGAACGAGGGCCGUGCUGUCGAUCGGGAGACAUUUCGACAAGACUACGCAGCGAAAUAACAUUUACCUGAUGAUCUGCACAGCGAAGGACAAAGCAGGAUCGAAAUAUAAGUUAAAGGAGAACAUCGAGAAGUUCUUCACCUGGUUUGUGGACGAAGGCAAGGCCACUGUGAGACUAAAGGAGCCAGCUGUGGAUGUCUGCCUGAGUAAGGCCGAUGCCAACAGCCUGAAGAACUUCCUCUCUGCUGCCAGGCUGGCCCACAGAGGAAGUGACAAUGACACCCUCCCCUUGUCCACCCUCACACCCGUUCGGGCCCGGGAUGUGGAGAAGCCCAAGAAGAGGCUGGUCAUCAUGUCCAAGAAGGACUACCCCCUGACCUCCAACUUCCCAUACUCCCUGGAGCAGUUGCAGGUGUCCUACUGCAAGCUGUCCCGAGUGGACAUGCGCAUGCUGUCCCUGAAGUGCUUACGCCGGCUGGACCUCAGCAACAACCACAUCAAGAAACUGCCAGCCACCAUCGGGGACUUGGGCUGCCUUGCUGAGCUGGUGCUACACAACAACCACCUGGAGGCCUUCAGUGAGGCCCUGUGCCUCUCCAGCCUGCAGCGGACCCUGCAGCACCUGGACCUGAGCCAGAACCGCCUGCGGGCCCUGCCGGCCCAGUUCUGCCAGCUGCGGGAGCUGGUCAACCUCAAGCUGGACGACAACCGAUUGGUGAGGCUGCCUUUCCGCAUCGGCUGCCUCUCCAAGCUGCGCUUCCUCUCCGCCGCCCACAACCAGCUUCCCUUCCUGCCCAGCGACUUCCGCAAGCUCUCGCUGGAGAACCUGGACCUGUUUGACAACCCCUUCACCCAGGCCAACCCCCUGGACCACACCAUGCAGCUCACGUUCCCCCUCACCCUGCAGGAGAUGGCUUCUCGAGCUGUGCUCAACCUCAGAAUCCCCUAUGGGCCACGCGUCCUCCCCGCCCACUUGUGCCGGGAGCUUGACCUCGCCAAGACCUGUUUCUGCAGCCGGGCCUGCCUCAGCUCCUACAUCCAGACGGCGGUCAGCAUGAACCUGCACCUGGUCUCCCACACUGUUGUGCUGGUGGAUGACAUGGGGGGCACGGAGGCCCCCGUGCAGAGGCACUUCUGCUCCCUCACCUGCUACUCUGAGUACCUGGACAGCUGCCUGCAGCGUGGCCUGAGGUGACUUUGGAGGAGGUGGGGGGAGGGGGCAGAGUCAGCAGUGCUAGUGGAGAGCCAGGUUUAAGGCUUAGUGACAGACGGCUCCCAUCUCCAUGGAGUUACCAAGUACCUGGACCCCGUCAUCAAUCCCAUCAAUCCUCAUCAAUCCAGCAUCUGGCGCGGCAUACAGACUCACCCCAGGAGUGCAUUAGCUGCUUAUCAGUGUUACGGAUUGAGAGGUCAGAAGUGACAGGUUUGCAGGCUUUUUUUUGUCAUGGCUGCUGUUUAAGGAUGGUGCUCUUUGGACAAAUGAUCCGAUUCACAAUGUUCAUAUGCUGUUAGCAGGGACAGAGAACACCACAGUUACAUUGACACAUAAGUUUGAAAGGCAGCUUCAGAGCAUGAUCAAGGAGUCAACAAAUUACACAUGUACACAGUAUCCGUCACUGUGUUUGUGUGACCAUACAUUCAUAUUUAUACACAAAAUUCAAGUAAAUUCUUGGAAUGCCAUGAGUGCAUCAAACUGCACUCUUUCCUCAAUGAAACAGUAUUGCAUGCAGUGGUUGCUGAAACCACUUACAGUAACCAGCUUGGUUAUUGUAAGUCUGCUCAUUCUGCUCUCCAGAAUUGUUUACAAAAUUGUAUCAGUUUUCAUCAAAGCACCUAUUUUUGGUUGGUGUGAAAGAGUGCAUCAGUGAGGCUUCUGAAAGGUUUCUCAUAUUUGGCAUUGUAUUUAUUUAUAUUUGUUGGGUACCAAAUGAAAAAUGAAAGGAAGUGGCAUGAAGACAGUUUUGGAUGUGCUACACAUGAAAAGUCAGCAGAAGAAUAAAGCUCACUCUGGAUUUUGUGUUCAUCCACAUCAGAAUUAGAUGCUAACGGGAAUGCUCAGGACAAACCAACCCAAUGUACCAAACAGUGUAGAUGAGUCAACCACAAAUAAGAACACUCAAAGUGGACAGUAGUUUGUGUAGUACUUACAUGAGAUUGAGCUUGUGCGUGCAUGCCACACCUCUAACAAUACUCUAUGUGGUGUGAGUGAGCUGCAGCAGCUGUCUGUCUGUAAAAACAUUAUCACCAAACUUCCAGUUUGUUUUAAACUUGAUAUUUUUUUUACAUGGGAAAUUGUACCAAAACUUGCCUCAGAAAAAGAGUGAUUUUGAAGAAUGUGUCUUUCCUAAUCUUCCUAAGAUCGUUUUUGUUUUUUUUAUAUAAAUAUAUAAAACAGAUUUGUUUAAGUGGUCAUUAAGUCUUCAUUAAAUAGAAUUUUUCUUUGGUUUAAAGGAUCGUUACUUAACCGUACAUUUACUUAUCAUGCAGAACAAUCAAAAACAGAUUUGGGGCCAAUUAGCAGUUGGAGGGUAAGUUUAUAGCAUUGCCCCACUGUAAUACAACAUGGUUUUACUUGCAGACUGAUAACAAGCCUACUCCUACACUAAAAUUCAAAAGAUACUUGUAAAUGGAUCUUUAAUGGUGUCAAAUCAAUGAUUACACCAUGACCAUUACAACGUUCUUCUCCUCAUGCUGAAACAUCUGGGUGUUUUGAGUGACCAAUAAGUGUCCUGAAAUAAAAAACAGUGACCUCACUUCAAUAGAAUCAACCUGCCACAUAUACCUCUGUCUUCCUCAGAUGAAUAGGUAUGGCAAUGAACAGGAACUGAUUGUGUUUGGACUGAUUAGCUUGGAUGAGUAUUGGAGACAUGCAUGACAGCUCAUUUAUUGAGAUUGUCUUGGUUUGU